AUGGAUUGUUGGGAUGUAUUGGGGUUGUUGUUGGAUGAUAAGGAUAUUGAUGGUUGUUGUUGCUGGGAUAAUAACGAGUUGGAAGACAUCGAACUGUUAUUGUUGAGGGUGUUUGAUAGAGAUGAGGUAGAGAUUGGAGGAAGAGGGUUGGGAAUUGUGGUUAGUAAGUUUUGUGAGGUGGACGGGAGUGAUAGUACUUGUUGCGCAUGUUGCUGUGCUUGUAAAAGGGCUGCUGAUUGCGACGAUAACAACGAAGAUGUCGACUGA